AUGCCUUAUCCUCUCGCUACCCACGUCCUGACCGUGGACCCCAAUGUCAUCCACAAGGUCGACACCUCAAAUCCCCAAAACCUCUACAGCAUGUGGACCGUCUUCGCCAAGUGCGCAGAGUCUGUUGAGCAGGGCCGCAGGUUAGAGAACCUCAGCUGGCGUAUGUGGAACCACGAGACCUUCUGCUGCGCCGAGGAGGAGGAAGCCUCCAUCACCGCUACGAGCCAACCCCGAGAGAUUCCCCAAUCAAGCAGAUUACAAGACCUUCCUCAACUAUCCAGCAGCGUCGACUCGGAAAACAACGAGGAGGCCGUUGAGUUCACCUCCAACUCCGCUCCUCUCGACAUCCGCCCUCAGAUCCAAAGACAGGACUCCAGUGCCAGCAACCGCAGCAGAGGCAAGGAGCGCCACAUCACCGCCGACGACUUCGAGAAGAUGGUUGUCACCAUCAUCAAGCACGAGCCUCUCUCCGCACCUCUUCCCCAGAUCGCUUCUCCUUACAUGCCUCCCCAGAAGGAGACGCCAGACUUGGCGCCUGCUUCUCCCGCCUACGAGCACUCGGGAUCUACUACCACCGAGUCACCAUGCAAGUCCUCUUCUGAGGAUCUGCAUGAGCCUCCUUCACCCGAGGUCACCUCCCACACUACCGUCGUCCGCGGCUUCUCUCCCUCUCAGAUUCCCGUCUCCCGACCUUUCCCGGCCUCCCCCAAGGUCGUCCUCUCUCCCGCUGCCAUCCCCGAACCGAGCUCAUCACCCGCCGCCAAGCGCGUGCAGUCCAAGAAGCAGCCCAUGUUCGCCCUCGGUGGCUCUUGCUCUUCCAGCGAGCAGGGCCAGAGCAUCGAGCAAUUGCGCCCCAUUCCUGCGCCCGCUCCCAAGCGCAACAAGAUGUUCCUCGUUGGCGGCUCCUCUGAGGAGGACAGCUCUUUGAAGAGCGCCCUUGCUUCCGGACCGAGUUCGCUCCUCAACGGCCAGAAGAAGACCGCCUCUUUUGCCGACCAAGUCGUCACCCGCACGAUCAACGACAACAACUCUGCCAUUGCGGACGAUUCGGAAACCGACUACGUCGACGAGAGUGCCAUUGACGAUGACGAUGACUCCUCUGACUGGGAAGACUCCAUCGAGGACAGCAACAAGUCGAGCCUUGACGACAAGACACUAUUCCAGCGCGUCGACUCCAAGGUCAACCUGACCUCGCGCCGCUCCCUCAUCAGCAUGAUGAUUGAGCAGAAGGACCGCUCCCACAACCUGGGCAACAUCGCUUCCCAGUCCACCUCGGCUCUUCCCUGGUCGCGCACCAGCCACCCGGCACCUCCCACCCUGGCCGUUUCCCCCAACGACUCCGACGACGCGCCUCUCAUGAUGAAGCGUGGCAUCCGAUCUUCCCCGUUGAAGCCUAUCAACGAGGUGCCUCGGUCCGCUGCUCAGCCAAUCACCGCGACCGCCAGCCACAGCCAUCUGCAGGCCGCUCUCUCCCCCCGUACCACACGACGCAACAUGCUUGCGACCGAGUUGACGGAGUCUCUCCGUCGCAACCUUCUCUGGGAGCGCCAGCAAAAGUCCUCUACUGCCAACGCUGUUCUCAAGCGCCGUCACACCUCCCACGACGUUGCCAACCUGAAGCAGUACCCCGAGAAGCCCUACAUGAACCAGAACACGAACGAGGACGUCGCCGUCGGUCCCCAGUACUUCUCCAAGGACACGGACAACUUCGGAGGCUACCACUCCAAGGGCUGGUAA